AUGGUCACAAAAGGCACUUAUACAGAAGUAUCCAUAAAAAACGGCUCAAUUUUGGAUUGCGUUUCAGCUUGUCGGUGUGACUUGGAAUGUGUGGUAAGUUUAUUUUUGUGACCCUCAUUUUGACAAACAAAACUUUUGAAAAAAAUAACUCAAGGAAAAAUUUAAUCAAAAAAACUGUCGAGUGUAUACGGCAAGGAUAAAUGAGUGAUCCAGGAUCAGAUUUAGGCAUAGUUACCGCCAGAAAAAAAUAUAAAAAAAGAAAAAUUUCUAUUGAAUAAAUAGAAAACAAUGAAAUAUUUGCUUUCGCGAAUUUCGCGCAAAAAUAAAAAAAAACUUAGCGGUUUCGUCGCGGUGUACACACACAGUUCUAAACUACAGACCCACCUUAAAAAAAAGUUUUUCCAAUCCUUUUUGUGAGCUAUUUUUUCCUCUUCUCAACACUUUUUGUUCAGUUCUAAUUUCCAGGUGGUCGGGACUUCAGUCAACUCAACACAUUCUCACUGUUUUUUCUAUCCCAUGGGACGUGUUUCGAAAAUCCUGAUAAGUUCCGAAAAUACGAACCUUUUUGCGCUACGGGUACCAUUUUGUCCUUUUUUCAAAGAGUUGAAGAAAUUUUUUUUAGUACAAAGCCAAGAAUUACAAAUGUGCAAGUUCGUUGUCCGCGCUGAAUAAAACUUUUGUGAGUUCUUUGUUUUUUUUGUUGAUAAAAAAUCACUUUUUUUCAGAAGCCACAACUGAACAGCAAGGAUUCGUACACAUUCCAGCCGUUUCUCCUGGGCAACGGCUCCUGGAUUUAUAAUAUUGUACCUGUUUGA